AUCAGGAACAAAAACAAAGUUGCUGGAGAAGCUCAGCAGGUCUGGCAGCAUCUGUGAAGGAAAAAACAGAGUUAACGUUUUGGGUCUGGUGACCCUUCCUCAGAAGAUGAAAUAUCUACACUAGAGAUGUGAGCAGUGUUGAGAUCACAAAUUAUGGAGGAAGGAGGAAUAGCCUUUGAUGCUUUGGAAAGAUUUUGCAGCAGUCAUGAACAAACAUAUGCUGAAUUCUUGGAAUCAUUUAUGCACCUCAGAAAAGAGGACUUGAAGAAACAAAAGACAUCAUCUCCUGAUGGUGACAGCAUAGCAGAUGAUGAAUACAAACUAACUCAGAGGGUGUUGUUGGAAAAUUCAGUCCAGAUUGAAGGAGAGCUGCCCAAGGAUGGCAAGAAGGCAAAACAUUACAUUGACAUUGAGAAAAGGGACAACAAAAAACAAACUGAAUACCAAAGCAAUUCUGGCCUAGAAGUACUCCCUGGGGAAAUAGUAGAGGAGACUGCUGCAAAUUAUACUCAUUAUGAAAGUAAACACACAUCACUUAACUUCAAAGUGAAUCCAAAUGUUGAAGAGUAUAAUGAAAAUUCAUAUGACCAGGUAUUGACAGAUGAAGUUCAACCUUUCACAUUGGAUGAAGAUUUUGACUAUGACUAUGUCUGUCUUAAGCCUAAAUACACUGAGACUGAAAUUAAAACUAUCUCUGCCUUGUCAAAACAGAGGUUGGAAAGGGAGAACUUAAUGUAGAAAAACUAAAAGAUUGUACUAUCUCUUACUGCAUCAAUCAGAUUGUUUGAUGUUUGGUUGAAAACCAGGGCUGUACUUCACGCAGAGUCUGGAAAUGAGACAUUUGCAACUUCACAAAGGACCAUUAUGAAAUCAUGCCAUGAGUAAAUUUCAUAUCUUUAUUACUUUUAAAUCAUUAAAACAAAUAUUUCAUAUGAACCUGUGAUGUGCUUGUUAUUCGUAUUUACAUGAUAAAGCUUCAUUUUUAUGCAGGUAUUUACAAUAAAAAAUUUGCUUA